UGACCAGCUGAUAUUUUCUUUCCUCAGGACCAGCUGUUCCUGGCACUGAGGAGUACCUAACUGGAGCCAUAUGAUCUUAUCAACACAUUUGAGAAUUGUACCGAAACACUGACAAACACUCUGGUGCAGCAAUGUCUGUCAUAGAGGAAAAUCGCCCUUUUGCCCAGCAACUAUCCAAUGUCUACUUUACUAUACUUUCACUUUUUUGUUUUAAACUUUUUGUGAAAAUCAGCCUUGCCAUUCUCAGCCACUUCUACAUUGUAAAGGGGAACCGUAAGGAGGCAGCAAGGAUAGCUGAUGAAUUUUAUGGAAUUCCUCAAGGGCAAGGUUCUUGGGCAGAUCGUUCACCACUGCAUGAGGCAGCCAGUCAAGGACGUCUCCUUUCUCUAAAAACUUUACUGUCACAGGGUUACAAUGUGGACACUCUGACAAUUGACCAAGUCACUCCACUGCAUGAAGCCUGCCUAGGAGAUCAUGUAGGAUGUGCAAGAAUCCUUCUUGAAGCAGGGGCAAAUGUAAAUGCUACAACAAUUGAUGGAGUGACCCCAUUAUUUAAUGCAUGUUCAAGAGGCAGUGCAUCUUGUGCAGAGCUUUUGUUGGAGUAUGGUGCCAAAGCUCAGUGGGAGUCAUGUCUCCCUUCACCGACUCACGAAGCAGCCAGUAGAGGUCACAGUGAAUGUCUGGAAGUUCUGAUCUCCUGGGGCAUAGAUGUUGACCAAGACAUUCCUCAUCUGGGAACACCUCUAUAUGUAGCUUGUGUUUCACAGCAGAUCCAUUGCAUUCGAAACCUUCUUUAUGCAGGAGCUAAUGUACAGAAAGGAAAGUAUUUGGACACUCCACUACAUGCAGCGGCUCAGCAACCCAGUACAGAGAUAGUAAAUUUACUUCUUGAAUUUGGGGCCAACAUUAAUGCCAAGAAUACAGAUUUUGAACGGCCCGUAGAUUUAGCUGCCCCAAGCAGUUUGGUGGAGAGAAUGUUGCUUCUGCAUGAAGCUACUCCAUGCUCUCUUUGCCAACUCUGCCGACUAUGUAUCCGAAAUUGCAUAGGAAGAGCAAGACUGCAUCUUAUCCCCCAACUUCAGUUGCCAACAAUAUUGAAGGAGUUUUUACAGUAUAGAUAAAAUAGUGGCUAACCUUUAGAAACUUGAACAAGUACUGUUUUGUCUGUAUGCUGAAUGUUCACAUGAAGAACUUCUGAGGAAAUAGUCUUUUACAUAUUACUAUACUAAGUCUUUGACACCAGAAGUCGUGAUGUAACAAUAUUUGGGAGCCCUUGAACGACUCGGUGCCAAGGUGCUAAUACAACUGAGUAAAAUGAAGUGUGCUAAUACCCUGGGAAAUGAUUGUAUAGCUAGCUUUAGCUUAACACUUACUAAUUAGCUAUUUUGCUGAUAAAGUUAAUUAAUUGUAUUUGUACGUUAUAAUCUGUUUGAUACAUCUGAAACCUCACAGAGUUUCUUUACAAGUAUUGUUGAGUUUGUCAAUUUGGAUUUAUUAUUCUAUAUUUGUAAAUGUCUGUUAUUUGUGUCUAGAAAUACACGGCAAUAGGUAUACUCUAUAAGUUGGAAAAAUAAAUAGGUCUCUCAAUUUUUCUUUCUUGCUUUCCCUAUAUAGGCAAUUCAUAAAUGACAACUGAUGAGAACUCAUUUCAACCCCCUCCUCCCCUUUCCCCAGCACACAGUUUUAGAACAAACAAGCAUAUGGACAGGAGAAGUGAUUUCCCCCUUCCUCUCUAACACCACUUCCAUUGCCACAGUUAAUUGGAGACCCAGAAGCCCUAUUUUUUGGCAUAACCCUGAAAAGGAAACAGAAAAUGUCUUCACAUCAACAGCACUUUUUCCUGACCUUGAUCCUACCAUUGGCUCCCCUGCUAAUGACUGGAAUCCUAACUUGUGUAAAGGGCACUCUAGACCCUAGUGCUCUGCCUUUUGCAGGAGAUGGUGAGCAAUCUGACUCUUCUGCACGUACCAUUGCCAGUAUGCCAUAAGAGCCAUUUGUUCUGGACAGUGGGCAAACUCAUCUCCUUCAUAAUCACCAGUCAUUUGUUUCAGUCACUGGCUUCACCGUGGCAUUGAGCUUCUAAGAAGCUGGUUUGAUGCCAAUGGUGUCCUCUGUGAGGACCCAGUGGCUAGUAUGCCCAAGGUUGUGGUGAUCUUGAUGAUACAACUUCUGUAUGUCAUCCUCACUAAUCACAAAAGGUGUAUAAUGGUUUGUGGGUAUACCUGCAUUUCAGACAGGUAAUACUAAGUUUUCCUGGGCUCAGAGGGUUGCAUGGACAGUAUUGGCAUCUCUGGGGCAAGCUUGGCUCUCCUCCUCCUCCUCAAGAUAUACCAUCCUAACAUGGUCAGAUGUUGUGUUCCCUUAUUUGUCUCAAGAUAUACCAUCUCCCUUAUCUCCCCACUCUCCCUGCUAGUCUCCUAUUUCCUCUGUCCCAACCCUUCUCCCCAAGGCCCUUAUAGCAACUGUUGCUUGGUUGCUAUCUUGCUGGCUUGCUCUCUAAUAGAUUCACUCUCACUUAUACUCUCCUGCGUCUUUGGUUGUUUAAUCAGAAUGGACUUAUGAUCCCAGGUUUGCAGAACAAAUGAGUGGCUAGACUACUGAAUAGUAAAAACUGAACCUGCUGACUUAGUCAAGCCUGUGGCUUUUGAAAAUCUAGAUUGAGCAGAUGGCUCCUUAACCGUGUCCUGAUACUACCCUCUUGUAUUAAGCAGGACAUUUGGGCCUGACUAGCAAGCUGUUCUGAAAAUCCAAGUCCCAAUUAGGCAACAGCCACUUGCCCUAUGCAACCUAUUGAAAAUUUUGGCAUAAAUCUUUAGAGAGUGAAAACACCUAAUCUUAAUGCAAAAUAUUGACAUUACAUUGUAAUAAUGAAACAAAAGCACCACACAAAGUUUUCUCU